UCAAGUCUAGUCUCGUGGGCCUGGGAGCUGGUUUCUUGGCCACGUACCUAAGCCCAGUGAGCGUUCAUCUCAGCUUUUCUUUAUCAUUGGGGAUCGCUAUGAGUGUUGUGUAUAUAUAGAAGUAGUGGAACCGAAGUAUAGAGGAUCUAUCCGGUUUAUGCACCGUGUGUUGGUGGUCUGAGAUCUAUUCGGCUCCACACCACAGGUGAUCUCUUAUUUGGUCGUUUAAACCUUUCUUUUUUAAGAUCUAGGUUCUCUUCUGCAAUGGCUCGGUCUACUGUAAUAAUCUUAGCCGGUUACUCAUAGAGGUGGGACCGUCCUCGCCGAUCGAUACGUUCAGUAGGCCACCACAGGCAACUUGAAGUGGACAUCUUUAGCUAAAAGUUAGCUUAGAAACCAGAUGAACAAUCUCAUCUAGCUUCUAGGGCUAGCCAGGCUUAGCCAGUGGUACGUUCCUGAAAGUUUCCGUCGGCUCUCCGAGCCCGCUCUGUAUGUACUGUAUUAUAAUAAUUAUACAAAAUAAGCGAUUUUCCCCUGCAUCUGGCCUAACCCAUGUAGGCUUUGGCUGUAUAUUUUUGAGAAACAGCUUUUAACUUGAUGCUCAGAGAGUCAAAAUACAAAUACCAAAAAAUUUAAAACGGGUAUAUACUCCGUGAAAUUUUGAUUGAAAAGUACAGCGUGGUGAGGUGCACAGCCGUUCGUGUCUCUGGCCUAGCCUGUAGAACUGCAGUUGACUAUCUGUUGGCUUAGUGGAGGUAGGUAAUGGUUGAUGAAUAUCUUCAGAUGGUCGGAGGUUUUUUUCCUGCUUAUAGAAACGUAGAAAGACAUUUUGGCCAUUUAUGUUUUCCCUCUGGGUUACGUCAUUCGUCGUAAAUAAUAAUUAUUAUUGCGCGUGUCCGCGCAUUCCUGGUAUUGCUGCACCGAUCCGAAAAGAGAGACCAGCUCGCUACGGCACCGAGGAGAAGACACCAGCUCGCUAAAGUGUGCUGAAGGGACGGCUGUCGAGAGGAUGACCUUUUCUGAUUUUACCUGUGCCGAGGAUCUGACGAGGGCCUUCGGGAACACCUACGUCGCCCGCCCCACUAGAAAACCGCCUUCCACUGUCCUACCGAGGUUCGUCAGGGCCGAUAUGACAGACACUGAGUGGGGCGCCGCUUGCGAGGCCUACACGAGUUCUUUCACGGAGGGGGACAUCAACGGCAUCACAAGAAGCCACGAAGUAGAAGGGCCCCUGAGGCCCUUGUUCGACUUUAUAGCCCUGAACGCUGGCCCUGGGCUGUUCAAAAACGGGGCGGGAAAGGUUUUCAUUUACGAGUUGCUAAAGAUGUUCCCCCACCGGCUGUACAACAUCUGUUUAUCACAACUGCCCACUCGGGUCCGAUUGGUGUGGGUAUCGCCAUGACAGCAAGGAUCCUGUGCCAAAAACAGGGGGAGGGGCUUUAGCAGCUGCUUGAAGCUAUGCAGAAGGAGGCCAAUGUUAGGAGGAAGUGGCCCCUUGGUUUCCUUGCUUCACUGGACACACUGACGGUGGUGGAAUUCGACAAGAUAACACAAAAGAAGGAGUUGGAAUUUGGCAGGAUGAUACCAAAGGUGUAUCUGUGGAUCUUUUCGUUCAUCACACACAACCUCGAUGACCUGAUGGGGUUUGCUGACAAGGUACUCAGUCCAUUUCUGGGACCAGCAGGAUCAAGCCUAGCAUCGAAACAGCUUGGGGUUGUCACGAGGAGGACGUCGAGGCUGGAGAUAGAGGAUCGCAAGGAGAGGAAAUAUAGAAGAGACAGCGACAGCGUCAGGGAGAAGGCAGCUGUAGCUGUCCAGAAAAUAUCGGAAGCUGCAGCUGUCCUGAGUGCCCUCCUGUAUAUAGGAUGUAUACUGGAACUCUUGAGCCUAGACUUAUUCAUCUUAUUUCCCCUGUUCCUCCACCCCUCAGUUCACUUGUAAUCUCAGUUCACCUAAAACACUGAUAAUGUUUCACACUCAGUGAAGGACAAAAGUUGCAAGAAUCCCACAGUGUUAGCAUAAACAAUUUUUCAAGGGCUAAGGUGAAGUCAAAUAACACCAGAGUUCAUAUC